AUGGAUGGCCAACAGGGAGAUGACAAUUUGCAGGAUCUGGUACAGGAUCUGGUUACCGCGUCCAAGAUCCCGGCCAAACGUCGAGGUUUGCCGAUCAAGCCUACGGUUGAGCGGCUUACUUUACUGUCUUAUGACAGGGGUGCUCUGCCGGAUGAGCUCCAGGCUCUGGUUGAGUUGAUCACCACUCCGAACCAUCUGGAUCAGGCAUCUCUGGGUGCAAUUGUCAGAAAUCUCUAUCCCAUUGGCAAGGUACCCGACCAGGUAGUCUUCAGCAUUGUAGGAGCACUGGGUCAUGGCCAACUCAGGCCAUCCUUGACUAUCCAAUCGCUGCUGUUGAGAUGGCUGAUAAUGGUCUAUCAUUUCCUCGAAAGCCGAGAGGUCCUGUCCAAGUGCUACUCCGUGCUAUUCAACCUACUUGAUACUGCAACCAUCAGGCCCCAACUAUGCCACGUUCUUGCAUUAGCAACGCGUCGCAAACAUGUCAGACCUUACCGGAUACAAUCGAUUCUUGACUUGUCCCGCCAAACAGGCCACGAUCCAUCCCUUGUGGGUCUCCUGAGGGUUUAUAAGAACUACUACCCUGAUGUCAUCGUUGGUGAUGCAACCAGGGGCAAAGCAUCGCCGUUCAAGUAUCCUGAUACCGAAUGGCGCAAACGUCUUGAAGAGAUUCAAAUAGCACAUCACCGUCAGCGCAAAGUGCGUGACUUGGCGGACAGCGCCACUCGAGAUGGGUUUAGUGUCAAACAUCGCUUCGGAGUUCAAGGGGGCCUACUACCUUCUGUACAAACUUCUCAUGCAAAUGAAGAGUCUGUAACACUGGAUGAGAUUGACAGUGCCUCCCAAUUUGUCAGGCAUCUUGAAAAGAUUGAGCUGCCAAACCAGCUCGUAGCUGUCAUGGCAGACCCCUUACUUCAGAAGCUCUUGUUGCUCCGGCCAGAUGCCGGUGCAGACGCACGUAUAGCCGACUGGCUAGAGGCAUGCAUUAGUGAUGCCGAGGAGAGUGCUUUUGUCGACGGUGGUAGUGCGCUACUUGAUAUUCUGGAAGUGGUCCGGGACCACGCCGAUCAUACUAAACUACUCCAUCCAAUCUACGACGACCUGAUGCGCAAAAUAUAUCCAGUCUGGAACGGUAAGGAUAGGAUAGACAUGGUGUUGGCCACCCUCACAUAUGUCCCAGUUCAGUCUUUUGGCCAGUUGCACGAGAGGCAUCUCACGUUUGUGGAGAACAAGAUUGCGAACAGCUCGUCGGAAUCCCAAACUCUGCUCCUUGACUUCUAUAAUACUCUACUUCAGCGCUGGGCCGUUUCAAUGCUCUCGAGGGACGCCGGAGCCCCGGUCACUAAGGGUGCGCCAGGGGCUAUUGCAGCCCUUGUCGCCCAUGUCGGCCAGCUCAGUGCAACUUUACUCCAGACAAAUCCGACUGUAGCUUCAUGCGUCUCGAUUCUCUCCUUUUACGACCAGGUGGCGAGGCUGUUUGCUCGACCUCAACUCAUGGAGCAUAUUCCCAUCACAGCUCCCGGCCCAUCGCUGAUUUACAAUCUGACCUUCUCGGAUUCUCCUGCCAUAUUAUCCACCCUCUGCGACGUUCUCGCAUGCUACAAGCGUGGCCUUGAAGUUGCAACGGCUGCGGUCGGCGCCAGCCAAAGGCGCAAGGUCACCCGCCAAGAGCGAGAACAAGUUCUGGUGUUCAACAGCUUCUUCAUGGAUAUUUGCAACCUCGUCUGGCGCGGCCGUGCCUUCGAAAAGCAAGGCGACAACGCGCGUGGAUGUAUGCUGGAAGACGAUGUCAUCGCGACGCUGGAAGACUGGGCCGCCAGUCAGGAGGGUGGAGAUAGAAAGGCGUUGAGGAACAUGUAUGGAAUCAGCCGUGCUCCGGUGCUGUGCUCUCUGUCAGCCGAGUUCUUCCGGGGCCUAGAGGAGGCCGAGCUGAUCGCCGCUGGCGUGAGCAACAGUGAGCCGGUCCUGCUGGUAAGGCACGCUGGGCCCGUCUCUCAGCAAAGCCUUGCUCAACUCAAACGGGAUGGAGGUUUGGACGUCUCUUGGCAGGAGUAUCGAUUAGGGCUUUUGAAUGAGCUGGGAAGGCAGGGGCUCGGGGGCUUGCCUGCGCUCCUGUUUCAAGCCAUCAAAAGCCUCGGACAACAAGCUGCAAGCCAAAGUCAAAAUCAAGACGUCUCAUAG